AUGAGUGGUCCAUUUGAUUACAACAACUUCGGGCAGGACCCAUCUAGACCUCAACCGGCUUUGACUAAUGAAUCUCCAAAGAAAUAUCAAAACACUGCUAAUUUAGGUCAAAGUGAAUUCAAUGGCUUUCCUCAACAACAAUCUUCAGCUGGAAUCAAGUAUUCACCAAGAGUUGACUUUGGUAGAAGACGUCAAAACAACACAUCAACCGAUGUUUAUGGUACUCCAUAUGGAUCUCCUGUCAAAGCGAAUCCAAUAUUAAGCCCAGCAGGCUCUACAACUCCAAGAAAACACUAUGCUGAAUUGGAAUCACCAAAAAGAAAGAAACAAAAUGCAGUUAUUGUUAUUGAUGAUGAAAGUGAUCAAGAAGAUGAUAUCUUUGGUGCUUAUCGAGCUGGUUCUCAUGAUAUAAACCGCUCAGCAACUGGAAACUCUAACUCCACAGCUAGUUCAUCAAGAAUUUUACCACCUCCAAAACCUAUCUUUUCAGCUACAACUUAUGCUGCUGCUAAUAAUGGAUAUCAACCAGAAGCUGAUUCUCCAAUACAAUACCCACAACACACCGAUGAAAGAGUCAGUAGUGGUAGUACUAUUUUAUCAACUGAAAGUGAUCCAAGAGAUCCUUUUGCUAAUGAUCAAGAAUUUAACCAAAAGGAAUUUAAUGAAAAAUUAGAAAUACAAGAUUCAAAUUAUAGUGGUGCAACUUAUGAUUAUGAUUUUGAAAAUGAUAAUGAUGAUCCAUUAGCUGAUGGUGAUUCAAACAAUGAAUUUGACGAAGAAUUUAUGCAAUAUGAAGUUCCAUUAGAUGCCCAACCACGUCGUAACAGAUCAACAAUUCGUAAAUCAGUUAAUUCAGAAAAUGGUAAUUUGAUCUUGGAAAAUCCAGUUCCAACUAAAUUAGCUUCAUUCUUACAUAGAAAAGAUGAAGAUGAAUUUUUAUUCAUGAGAUAUUCAGCAUGUACUUCUGAACCUGAUGAUUUUGUUGAUGCUGGUUUUACUUUAAGAGCUGCUAAAUUAAACAGAGAAAUUGAAUUAUGUGUUUGUAUCACCAUGUACAAUGAAAAUGAAGUUCAUUUAACACGUACUUUACAUUCUGUUAUGAAAAAUGUUGCAUAUUUAUGUCAAAGAAAUAGAAGUAGAAUUUGGGGUCCAGAUGGAUGGAAAAAGGUUCAAGUUGUUAUUGUUAGUGAUGGUAGAGCUAAAGUUAAUGAAAAUUCUUUAGAUGUUUUAGCAGCUAUGGGUGUUUAUCAAGAUGGUAUUGCUAAAUCUUAUGUUAAUAAUAAAGAAGUUAAAGCUCAUUUAUUUGAAUAUACUACACAAGUUUCCUUAGAUCCAGAUUUAGAAUUCAAGAGUGUUGAAAAGGGUAUUGUACCAGUUCAAGUCUUAUUCUGUUUGAAAGAACAAAACAAAAAGAAAAUUAAUUCACAUCGUUGGUUAUUCAAUGCAUUCUGUCCUGUAUUAGAUCCAAAAGUUGUUGUCUUGUUAGAUGUUGGUACUAAACCAAAUUUAUCUGCAUUAUACCAUUUAUGGAAGGCAUUUGAUAAAGAUUCUGAUAUUGCUGGUGCAGCUGGUGAAAUUAAAGCUAUUAAAGGUAAAGGUUGGAAUAAAUUAUUAAAUCCAAUUGUUGCAUCACAAAAUUUUGAAUAUAAAAUGUCAAAUAUUUUAGAUAAACCAUUAGAAUCUUCAUUUGGUUAUAUUUCAGUUUUACCAGGUGCUUUAUCAGCUUAUCGUUAUAAAGCAUUGAAAAAUCAUGAUGAUGGUACCGGUCCAUUAAAUUCAUAUUUUAAAGGUGAAAGUCUUGAUGUUGGUCCAAAUAAAGAUGUUUUCUCAGCAAAUAUGUAUUUAGCUGAAGAUAGAAUUUUAUGUUGGGAAUUAGUUGCUAAAAGAGAUGAAAAAUGGUUAUUAAAAUAUGUUAAAGAAGCUCAAGGUGAAACAGAUUUACCAGAAGCUGUACCAGAAUUCAUUUCACAAAGAAGAAGAUGGUUAAAUGGUGCUUUAUUUGCUGCUAUUUAUUCACAAUUACAUUUUAGACAAAUUUGGAAAACAAAUCAUUCAUUUGGUAGAAAAUUUGCUCUUCAUAUUGAAUUUUUCUAUCAAUUUAUUCAAUUAUUGUUCUCUUGGUUUUCAAUUGCAAAUUUCUAUUUAACAUUUUACUUUAUGGCAGGUGCAGUUAGUGCAAAUGAUUUAAUUCCUCAUAAUGGUGGUUAUUGGUUAUUUACAAUUUUCAAUUAUAUUUGUGUUGCAUGUUUAGCUUCUAUGUUUAUCAUUUCAAUGGGUAAUAGACCUCAAGGUGCUACGCAUUUAUUUAUUACUGCAAUGGUUUUAUUAUCAAUUUGUUCAACUUAUGCAUUGGUUUGUGGGUUAUUCUUUGUUUUUAAAACAAUGCAUGAAAAAAGUUCUGGUAAUGAUGAAGUUACAACUGGUGUAUUUAUAAACAUUGUUGUUUCAUUAUUAUCAACUUAUGGUCUUUAUGCUAUCAUGUCUAUCUUAUAUUUGGAUCCAUGGCAUAUUAUUACUUGUUCUAUCCAAUAUUUCUUAUUAUUACCAUCAUAUACUUGUACAUUACAAAUUUUUGCAUUUUGUAAUACACAUGAUGUUUCAUGGGGUACUAAAGGUGAAAAUAAUCCAACCAAAUCAUUAGGUACUGCCAUUAUUAAGAAAGAUAGUUCAGGUCAUGAAAUUGUUGAAGUUGAAAUGCCAUCUGAUCAAUUAGAUAUUGAUGGAGCUUAUAAAUCAACAUUAAAUAACAUUUCAAUUCAAAGAUUAAGAAAUAAACAACCUGAAAAGGAACCAAGACAACCAGUUUUAAGUGAAGAUUAUUAUAGAGAUGUUAGAACAAGAGUUGUUUUAACUUGGUUAAUCACAAAUUUGGUCUUAGUUAUGGCAGUUUCACAAGUCUAUUCAGCUACUGAAACUGCAACAAAUAAAUAUUUAGCAUUCAUUUUAUGGUCUGUUGCUGCCCUAUCUGCUUUCAGAGCAUGUGGUUCAACAUGGUAUUUGAUCACCAAAUAUGCUCGUUCAUUAUUAGAAAUGAAGCAUAGAUAUGAAGAUGGUGGUCAUCAAAAUUCAUUUUCAAUGAAAAGAUGGUUCAAAAAAUCUGAUAAAUAA